AUGGGUUGGUUAGGAUCGCUGGUAGUGAUAAUUUUAAUCUGUAUAGUGGGGAUAGUAUGGUACUUUGUGCAUUUGAUAGCAUAAGUAAGAAAUCAUAGCAUUAUUAAUAGGGUUUUACAGUGCAAUAUAAAGAUGAAUAAGACUUUGUAAGUGAUCAACUUAGAGGGUUGUUAGGAGUAGAUGAUAUUUAGCCUAGUUCUUAUAGGCCAACAGUAGAACCAUAAUAUUUAUCAGGAAUUGUGGAUUUAAUAGAAACAUCAAUAAGUGGAUUAUGGCUAGCACAAUUUUUGUAUAUGGUUCUACUUCUAUUUCUAUUUUUUUUGGUUGUAGACAUUUGGUUUAUUGAUUAUCCAUUCUCAUUUAUGUUCAAUGCAAUUAUAGGUGCUAUUACUGUGAUGUUAUUUGCAUAUUAUGUCACUUCGACAAAUAGUAAAUCGUUGACAAGAGCAUUAAUAUAAGUAUGUUAUAUGUAGAAAAUAUUAAAGUCAUAAUUUUCAAAGGAGGAGAGUUUUGGAUAUAUGUAUUAAAGUGGUUUUGCUAUAGUGAGUUUAUUGUUUAGUUUACUUUUUGGAAUGUAUGUCUUAAUGUAUUACUUUAAUGUGGCUGUUUGGGGAGGAGAUAUGAAGAAAGAAGAAUAUGAGAAGGUAUCAAUAUUGAUGAUUGGAUUCUUAAUGGGAAUGAUAUUGGGAGGAUUCAUAUAUAGAGAAGGUAUAUCAAUGAUGUGUAGAUCAUUAAAGACUGCUUCAUUUGGUUUAAUAAGAGCUGAUUUAAAUUUAAGUGUUGGCAAUAAUAAUAUAUCAUAAUUAACUAGAUUAGCAUAUAUGGUAUCCUAAUAAGCAGGAAAUGCAAUUGUCAAUUAUUUAGAUACAGGAUUUGUACUUGUAUUUUUAUGUUGUGCAAUAUCAUAAAUUGUUAUUAAUAGUUCUGAAAUAUUGGAUAGUAAAAAUAAAAGUGCUUUUAUUAUGGGACCUAUUUAUUUAAUAUGUAUUGGAUAUUUAGGAUCUAUUAUAUGUUAUUUUUUAAAAACAAUGUGUGCAGAUUAAGAGACUGGAUCAUUUGCUGCUCUUAAUGUUAGAUGGUAAGUAAUUAUAGCUGCUUUGAUAUCAUUUAUUAUUCAUGUAUCAUUUCCAUUUUCAUUUCUUAUUGAUAAAUUUACACUCAAAGGUGAAAAUACUAAAGAUAUUGAUUUUGCAGGUAAAUCCUCUAUGCAUGCUUGUUGGUGUUAUUUAUUAGGAUUGAUAUUCAAUAUACUUCAUAUAAGUUUAUUUGAAUGGUAUACAUCUCAUGGAUGUCCUAAUGUCAGAAAUAUGGUAAAUUAUUAUGAUCAAAUAGGGAUUAGCAACAAGUGAUCGUAUAUUGCCAAUGAAUUUGAUCUACUCAAACUAUUUGGGAGAUUUAUUUUCUGCUAUUCCAGCUAUUCUAAUGUUCCUAUUGAUAUCAAUAGUAUAUUCAAUAGAAGGAUUUGCUGGAUUAUUAUUUGCAGCCUCUGGUUAUAUCUCUUUAUUUAUUAUUUAUGGAGUUAUAUUCUUUAUAGGUUGUAAUUCUUCUGAUUCAUAUAAAUUAACAUGUUUUGCUCAUUUCAUAUCAGAUGUUUAAGGCAAAAUAUUUUAAAUUUAUUGGGAAGCUAAAAACUAUAUGGUAUUCCUUAAAGCUACUAAUGCAGGUACAGCUUUCCUUGUAUCUAUUGGAAUUAUUGGUGCUUAACUUUAUUAAUAUCCAACUGCAUUGAAUUCAUUGUUUAUACAUAAUGAAGGAUUUUUAGGAUUGUUCAUUGGUUUCAGUCUUAUGUUUGUAUGUAGAGGUAUUAAUAUAUGGGGAAUUAUUAAUGUUGCAAAAAGCUAUGUAAUAAUGAUAUAUUAAUUAAUUAAUAGUUUAUUUUCUAACCAUCUGAUGAAGCUUAAGGAAAAUUGAAUUAUUUGAAAGAUAUAAGAAUAAUUGAAUUUACUAAGUUCAAAUUUACUCAUAGUAUGCUAUAUGUUGCAUACAAUGUAUUAUUUGUCACAAUAAUCAUAUUAAUGUUUGGAUCAAUUUUAGGACAUGCUGGAAGUGUUGCUAUCAUGAUUGGGGCUUGUAUUGCUACAUUCCUGAUUCAAUAUAAUGGACUUAUAAAGGGCACAACUCUUGAAAAUUCAAGAGUUUAUAAUGAAAGUAUGAUAUUGAAAUUGAGUCUUUAGUUUAGGAUAAUAGAAAGGAUCAUCAUUAUCUUAUGUAUGUAUCUGGAGAUACUUAUGCUUGUGCUACUGAGGAAAGUAAUGCUUGUCCUUUGAUUCCUUAUUUGAUUUACAGUUUCUGUUUACUAAUUUCAUGUCAAAAACAUUUUGCAAAAGCAGAGAAAUGA